AUGAAGAGCUUCACUGAUGCAAUCAUCAUCAUCAAUAAGAAUAGAGAAAACCAGAUCUUAGGCCUGCAGCAGAAGAUUGAAUGUUUACACAGACAGGUGACUACACUGAACCUGGAGGUUCCAUCACAAUUGUUCAUGACCUCUUCAGAAGUGUACACACCAUUGAAGACUGCUGCGCAGGAUGAGAAUCUGAGCAUAAAAUAUAUCAAGCUGAGAGAUCUGCUGGAGUCAUCAAGCUUCAAUGACAACUGA